AUGAAGUCGGACGAAAUUCCAAGUAUCGGCCAGGUGUCUCUAGAAGUUAGAGGCCUGGGGACGAUAAAGGGGAUCUCAUUAAACGGAAAAACAUGCCAGUAUCUUGGUAUCCCAUAUGCUUCUGUCCCAGGCCGGUUUCGGCGUUCUAUUCCCGCGUCUGAGCCCUGGGAGAAUGACAACUGGGAUGGAACGAAGCUGGGGCCUUACUGUCCACAACCGCCUCGGGACUUUUAUCCAGUCCCAAAUGCUCCCCGCCCCUGGCUGGAUAUGCCUCAGGCUGACGAGUUUAAUUGCUUGAAUCUUAACAUUUCGGUUCCUCAUUUGCCCACUGAUGAAGUGAAUAAUCCACUGCCUGUUAUGGUUUUCAUCCAUGGCGGUGCGUUCACCUACUCUAUGAAUUCGUCACCCAUUUACGACUCGCGAAUUCUGGUGGAAUCCUCGACCUCCAAGUUUUGCCGACCAACCAUUGUGGUUACAGUGAAUUACAGACUAGGUGUUUAUGGGUUCCUCGCAGGCAAAGACAUAGGAACAUACAAUAGUUCCCAUGGCGAUGCAGGUGUUGGAAACUAUGGUCUUUGGGAUCAGGUGCUUGCUCUUCGUUGGGUUCAGAAGCACAUCUCUGCGUUUGGCGGUGACCUGAAACAAGUCACAUUGUUUGGGCAAAGUGCUGGUGCGGUAUCUGUCCAUGCUCACCUACUCCGUGGAGAGCCCUUAUUUUCCAGUGCGAUUCUUCAGUCUGGGCUCAUUCAACUUUGUGGAGUAUUAUCCAUUGACGAGUAUCAGGCUGUCUACGAGAGGGUCUUACAAGCUCUGGAUAUUCCUAUCGACUUGAAGCCUGAGGAUCGCAUCGAACGCCUGCUUGCUGCAGAUAGCUCAGCUCUAACGAAGGCAAUGGUUCCAGCAUUUAUUAUUCCGGUAGUCACAUCGCCCCUUUGUGAUGAUGGAGUUUUUGUGCCAGGCUCUGUACCUUCGUAUGAUGAGUAUAAUACAUUCAGCGUGCCCGAAUGGUGUCCUCGGGUGAUGAUGGGGGACGCAACAAAUGAGUGUAUCAUUUGGAAUAAGUCAUGGGAGAAUAUUUGCGAAUCUCCGCUUGCCCCUGGUGAGGAUUUGACAACCCCUACUGCAGCAUUGACUUUAGCCAAGAUGGAGUCCUACCUUGGUUUAACCAAGGCCCGAAUGCUUUCUGAGAUCUACGGCAUCACUUCAGAUACUACCGAGAAGGAUCUUUUUAUGAAACUUGAGAAACUGACAACUCAUGGGCUGUUCUCUGCCCCAGUAUACUUUGCUCGGCAAGCGGCGAAAGGGUCUAUAUUCGCCUACCACUUCGACGUCCCCUCGCCGUUUCAAAAUGCAUGGGGUGGGAUGGCGCAUCAUUCCUUCGACAACGUGUUAGUAUGGGGCCUAUUGAGACACGAGAUGCCACAGUCAUAUGCAGAGGUCUCCGAGCAUAUGACUGAGGCAUGGAUUAGAUUUGCAAGCGGAGAGGACCCAUGGGAGAGGCUUUCAGAGAGCGGCAGGUACAAGGUGUUUGGCCUUGAGCAGACUAUUUUGACAAGCAAGGGUGAUGACUUGGAACGCGGGCAUCAGGUCUGGGACAAACUUCACGACUUGGGACUCGUGGCAGAUUUAGCGAGGCUCAGUGAAGAGCUGUGCCUCAGAAGACGGGAGCUGACGCAAGGUGUAUCGGUUUCAUCCGGAUAG